AUGGAGGUGAAUGAAGGAACAAGAAGUGGGGACAUGCGUGCCUGCUUCACUACUACUACUGCUGGUGGUGGUGGUGGUGUUGGUGGUGGUGGUGUUUUCAUUAGUUGGACCAAGUUGGAAGAGGUUGAAGACGAAGGAGGAUUGAGCACCAUCCUCACCAACAUGGCAUUGCUAACUCAAUCAACUGGACGGCAUUUUAUAUUGGACCUACUCUGUAAUGCUGCCACAGCCACACUGGAGACUAUCGUGAAUGGAACGGAACACUGCAACAGUGAUUUCUCGCAUGUCUACAUGCGUUGUCCUCCGUAA